CAUUCACGUCGACGGUCAAACGUUUGGAGGGUGACGUUUCAAAGCGUGUUACACAAAAAUCUAACAAGAACAAGAAUUCAAAUCGAUUAAAACGUUAUUUAUUUGCCCGAUAACAAAUUAUUAUGCCUAGUUAUUGAGCGUGGCUGUAACAAAUACUAACGUUUAAAAAAUAUUCUAAUUGGGAUUUGUGAUUGACAUCGUGAAUCUUGCUUAGGUCAAAAUGCUGAAGAAGCGGUCUGUCUGCCUGGCACUGGCCGUGUUCCUGGGAACAGUGGCGGUGUCCGUGGCACAGGGCCAUGCUCCGGUACCACCAUCACCAGAUCCUUCCCCAGUUUCCACCACACCGAGAGCAGCGAUCCAGGGCAGUUUCUUGCAAGGUUUCCUUGCCUCCCUUUCCGUGGUGGUAGUCUCGGAAUUGGGAGACAAGACCUUCUUCAUAGCGGCUAUUAUGGCCAUGAAACAUCCGAGGAUUAUAGUCUUUGCCGGUGCCAUAUCUGCACUGGUGUUCAUGACAAUAUUAUCAGCUGCCUUCGGAUGGAUAGCCACGGUCAUACCCAGAGUCUACACCUACUACGCAAGUGCUGUGUUGUUCGCGAUAUUUGGUAUAAAAAUGUUAAGGGACGGUUGGAAAAUGGACCCCAACGAAGGUCAAGAAGAAUUAGAAGAAGUACAAAGUGAAUUGAAAAGAAGAGAAGAUCAGGAAGAAAAAGAAGAGACCUUAGACAUGUUAGAGCAAGGUCAGGUUGAAAAUAGACGGCGGAAACGAAACGCCGUACUGAAGGUGUUACUGCAAGCUGCGUCACUGACCUUCUUGGCGGAAUGGGGUGACAGGUCACAGCUUGCGACCGUUGUGUUGGCGACGAGGGAACAUGCUGUGGGUGUAGUAGUCGGUGGCUCCCUUGGCCACGCGCUCUGCACUGGAUUGGCUGUGAUAGGCGGCCGGAUGGUUGCUGCCAAGAUUUCUGUUAGGACUGUUACCAUAAUCGGUGGUCUAGUGUUCCUGUUCUUCGCAGUCAGUGCCUUUUUCAUUGGGCCCGGUGAAUAAACCCCUAGUUGUUAAUCUACGUGUAAGUGACAAUAUAAACUGUACAUUGUUAUUUUAGCUUAUAUAGACAAUCUCACUUUGUUUAUAUGUAUUUAAUUGUUAAACGUUAAAGUAUUAGAUGUGGGACAGCGCUGUCUUAACUCUUGGUUUGUUUAAGAGUUUCAAAAUGGUCUCAUUUAAAGAAUUUGCUGGAGUAUUUUCUGUUUAAUUAAUGGUGUCUUUAAAAACUUGAAAAAUAAUCGUUCUACUAUAGACAUAGCCAUAAUAUCUUCUAUGAAAUGUGUGCUAUUUAUUAUAUUAGGUACUAAAUUUUUCUAGGAUUUUAUAUCCUGUGCUACGUUUCUAUGUAUCUAAGUACUAAGACAUAUUCAUGAUAAUAAAUCGAGUUCUUAAAAACUUCUAAAUAUACCUCUAUCUUCAGACAAAUAAAACUCUAAAAUCCCCAAGCGGUCACCGGUGACCGCUCUCCACUAACUACGUUAUAGACCUUAUUUCCAAUGUUUAGAGACUACUUUUGUAUGAACAAAUUUAGGGCCUGAUAUUUAAACAGGUUAACUUCAAUUAAAAUUGAUAGAACUAUUUAAUAAAACGUUUUCGAUUCAAUUAAUCGCAGUAAGACGAUGGUAAUUAGGUAUUUACAACGAUUUCAUAUUCAUAUCUCUACGUGUGGAACGCACAUUGAUAACAUAAAAUUAAAUAUCUUAUAGAUAGUUCGGUUUUUUUUUCUUGAGGGGAAAAAUAAACCAAUGACUUCU